AAUACAUGCCUUAUAAUAUAGCAAGCAUGUAGUGAAAUUGAUUUCCAUCAUCACGCAUUUGAAUAAAUUACAGCCACUGAUUCGAGAUGUAAAAUACACGGUUUACUUUCAAUCUAAGUUAAAUCAAGUAUAUUCAUGCUCAGACUACAGAAUUAGGAGUUGUGUUAAAAACUACAAAUCCUAGACUGCGUGUUACAGCCCGCUCCUCUCCCAAUUGAAUUCGGUAUGGGUCAUGUAGUUGAUGGCACUUCCCUCAUGUCAGCAGUGUGCACUGCGCAGGGCUUUGUGUUCAACUACAGUACCCACACGUCACUGUAGAGCCGCUGUUAUCCGGGAUAUCUCACCGCUGCUGUUUCUCUCCUUAGUCUAGCGCUCUCUCCUUUUUAGCGGACUGGUACAACAGGGUAGGAUUACUAGAAGGAAUACAAAAACAUAAGCAAAAAUGGCAGAGCUUGGAGCGGGGAGCCUGCUAACAGGAGAUCCUGCUUUUAAUUAUCAAGAGCAUGAGCUAAACGAGCGUUUGAAGCGGCUGUACCCGGCCGUGAAUGAGGAAGAGACCCCCUUACCCCGAUCUUGGAGCCCCAAGGAUAAGUACAGCUACAUCGGGCUCUCACAGAAUAAUCUGCGGGUGCAUUACAAAGGCCACGGAAAAAACCACAAGGAUGCAGCGUCUGUACGGGCCACCCAUCCUAUCCCUGCCGCUUGUGGCAUCUACUACUUUGAGGUGAAGAUCGUAAGCAAAGGAAGGGAUGGGUACAUGGGAAUUGGACUGUCUGCCCAGGGGGUCAACAUGAACAGACUGCCUGGUUGGGACAAGCACUCCUAUGGUUACCAUGGUGACGACGGACACUCCUUUUGCUCCUCAGGGACUGGCCAACCAUAUGGUCCAACCUUCACAACGGGCGACGUCAUUGGCUGCUGCGUGAACCUCAUCAAUAACACAUGCUUUUACACCAAGAAUGGGCACAGUUUAGGUGUGGCUUUCACAGAUCUCCCACCUAACCUGUACCCCACAGUAGGGCUACAGACUCCAGGGGAGAUAGUAGAUGCAAAUUUUGGCCAACAGCCUUUUGUGUUUGACAUUGAGGACUACAUGAGCGAAUGGAGGGCCAAGAUCCACAGCAUGAUCGCCCGCUUCCCCAUCGGAGAAAGACUGGGAGACUGGCAGGCGGUUCUGCAGAAUAUGGUGUCCAGCUACUUAGUGCAUCAUGGGUAUUGUGCCACAGCAAUGACCUUUGCCAGAGCCACAGAGACCAUGAUCCAAGAGGACCAAACCUCAAUAAAAAACAGACAGAGAAUACAGAAGCUGGUAUUGGCAGGACGUGUCGGAGAAGCCAUUGAUGCAACACAGCAGUUGUACCCCGGACUCCUAGAACACGACCCCAAUUUACUCUUCAUGUUGAAGUGUCGGCAGUUUGUGGAGAUGGUGAAUGGAACAGAUAGUGAGGUACGGUGCUUUAGUGCCCGCUCUCCUAAAUCACAGGACAGCUAUCCUGGCUCCCCCAACCUGAGCCCGCGGCACGGAGCCACCAACGCUCACUUGCACAACACAGGAGCAGACAGUCCCACAUGCAGUAACGGGGUCACCCCUACUAACAAAAAUAAGAGCCACAACAAAUACACAGGCGUAAGCUCCGCCUCCUCCUCUCCAUCCUCCUCUCCUUCCUCCGUCAAUUACUCCGAGUCCAACUCUACCGACUCCACCAAGUCCCAGCCCCACAGUGCCACCAGCAACCAGGAGACUAGGUCUGUGUUGUUGUUUGGUGAUAGUGAGAUGGAAAUCGAGGCAGAACAUUACAGCAACGGCGUGACAGAAAGCUCAACCCGCAUUAUGAAUGGCACAUACAAACACCAGGAAAUCCUGCAGGCGGAUGACAACAGUGUUGGCAAUGGAGUAGCAGAUGACAGCUGCAGCUCAAGACAGCUGUGUGGAGGAAACCAGGCGGCCACGGAGAGAAUGAUCCAGUUCGGCAGAGAGCUUCAGGCCCUCAGCGAGCAGCUUUGCCGCCAAUACGGCAAAAACGCCACUCACAAAAAGAUGCUGCAGGAUGCAUUCAGUCUGCUGGCGUACUCGGACCCCUGGAACUGCCCCGUGGGCCAGCAGUUGGACCCCAUGCAAAGAGAGGCGAUCUGCUCCGCUCUCAACAGUGCUAUUCUGGAGUCUCAGAAUCUGCCCAAACAGCCUCCACUCAUGCUGGCUUUGGGUCAGGCCACCGAGUGCGUGCAGCUGAUGGCCAAGGUUCGCUCUGGUUCCUGCUCCUUCGCCAGAGUCGACAACUUUUUGCACUAGCACCAGUCCAGACAAGAGCACCAAGGCAGUGUUCGGGACAGCUAAGCGGAGGUCUUUCCAGUUGGUUGCCAUGAGGAGAACACGCGUUUGAAUUGGUGUGUCGCUUGCCGUUUGCCAGAAGCAGCCGAGCAGAAUGAAUAGAAACAUGAGAAGAGAGGCUUCUUUUUAAUUUAGUAUUAUCAAAUACAAAUUGUGUGACACUAUUUAAAGAUAAUUAAUUAUUCUGUUUAUCUAGUCAUUUUUAUUUUAGUUUAUAUUUUGUCUUCCCAAACUAUUUUUUUUUUUUCAUGGGUGAAUUCAGUGCAUAGUAUUUCAAGCGUACCAUAUCAACAAAAUACAUAAUGGUAAGUUCCUACUGAAAAUUUGAGCUACGCACUCUGGUUUUUCUCAGUCAGAGCUCAGGUAUUUAGACGUCGUCAGAGCGGGAUGUUUGCGGACACAGGUGUCGCUUCACCAGAUCAUACUGUGGGUUUUUAAGCAGGUCCUUUUCUAUGUACAAGCCAAUUCUAUAGGGUUUUUUUUGUUUUUAAUUUGGUCAACCUUAACAGCCCCUUUAGCAAUUAAAUGGACGUUGGUGUUGCGCAUAUGUGAAUUAGGCGUGACUUUACGAUGUUUUUGUGCGAGAGGGUGAGAUAAUGCAUGGCUCCUAGCGUCUUUUAAGCUACUUUAGUAUCUCAGGCACCAGCACGAGUUUCAUUAGACACAAUCACACAGUGACGACGCAGACUUGCCUUUGGGUCCAAUGUAGAUGACUUAUAUUUUCAACCAUAGACCUUUGCCCAAAAAUAAAUCUAUUUUACCAAUAUUUUACCAUCUUUAUAGCAGUGGGUAUCGUGCAGAUGUCAACCCUCACUUUUUUUAAGUUUUAAGUUAGGUUUAUUGAAGUUAACAAGUGGUUUUCUGAUUUUUGUGGCUGUACCAAAUAAAAACGCAACGCUUUUGACAAAAGAAAAUUAAGGUCAGUAGUUUGAUUACUGAGAAGCUCCACUGAAGCUUGCAGACUAACUUCGUAUACGAAGUCUGUACGUUUUAUACCCAUGUGAAUAGUGUCACCGUGUUGAUAGUUCUCCUGUUAGAUUAACAACUACAAACUGACACCGUUUCGACUUCUGUUGUUGGUUGUUUCAUUAGCUGUUAAGUACUGUUGUUC